CCCACCCCCCGCCCCCGCCUUUCCUUGGGCUGUGUCAAGUGGCGGCCACCAACGUGGAGGGCGGAAGCCGCGGCUGCUUCUCCUGCCGCGUGAGGGGAGACUGCGACCAGGCCCGGCGGCGGUUUGCGGCGAGGGAAGGGAGAGAGGAAGGCCGGGCGCGGCGAGCCUGAGGCGGAGAGUCCCGAGGCCCCGGAGGGAAGAGGCCGGCCAGCCAGCCAGAACCGGUUUGAACCGGAGGAGGAGCCGCUGCCGCCAUGGCUGAGACGGAGGAGAGGAGCUUGGACGACUUCUUCGCUAAGCGGGACAAGAAGAAGCGGAAAGAGAAGAGCGGGCGCGGUGGAGGCGCCAACGCUGCUGCUGGUGCUGCUACUUCGGGGGGCUCCGUCGCCUCGUCAGGCGCUUCCCACGCGGCCGGAGGAAGCCGGCAGGGCGAAGGCGGAGCCGGCGGGGCGCCUAACACAAACGCCGCCUCGACCGGAGGGUCCUCCGGGGCCGCCUCGGCCUCCUCCAGGGCCGCGCACAAGGAGGAGGAUGACUGGAAGGAAUUUGAGCAAGAAGAAACAAUUGAUUACAGUGGCCUCAGAGUUCAGUCCAUGCAAAUUAGUGAAAAGGAUGACGAAGAAGGUGAAAAAAGAGACGAACCACGAGAUAAUAGUGAAGAACCAGGUGGGGGUGCAGACAAGUCAUCAGGUCCUUGGAAUAGAUCUGCUCCUACACAAAUACCUAUUGCUGAACCUGUUGAAAGCCCAGAGCCCGUGCAGUCUGGUGGGGUAUACAGGCCACCUGGUGCAAGAGAAACCAGGACACGGAAAGUGCCACAAGGACCCCCUGAAAUAUAUAGUGACACACAGUUUCCAUCAUUGCAAUCCACUGCCAAGCAUGUAGAUACUAGAAAGGAUAAAGAAAUGGAGAAGAGCUUUGAAGUAGUAAAACACAAAAAUAGAGGUAGGGAUGAGGUUUCAAAAACCCAGGCAACUAAACUCCAGCUAGACAACCAAUAUGCUGUGCUUGGGAAUCAUUAAAGCUGCACACACAUUACAAUUAAGGAAUGGUUAUUUCAUACUGUUCCAGUCUUAAGGUAAUUAACCUGCAUCUGUUAUGAACAUGCCGUCUUAUUUCUGCUGGAUCUACUGCAACGAGUGCAGACUACUUUGACGUAAGUGAUUGGCGCUUAAUUUGGUACUCCUGACUUUCACCUUUGGAUAUGAGGGAAUUAAAUGUAAGUGGUCAAACAAAGAGUCCCCAGUGUUUUGAUUGCUGUACAGCCAGUGGUUAUUUCAAAUUUCUUUAUGUUCAGAUAUUGAGCCUUCGUAAGGGUUGACUACCUCAGACUUGCUGCACUCAUUGUGGACACCAUGUGGAUCACAACUUCUGGAAAAGGUUACAACUCUUUAAGUGGCCACCUGAAAUGUGAAACCAGCUCUACUGGAUUCCUCUCAGACAUCUGCAGAAGUCGGCCAUCUGGGUUCAGAUUUAUGAUAAACGACAAAUUUAAGUGACCUUAAAUGAGCAAUUUGUCUUGUGCCCCCAUUUAUUGCAUCCUUUCAUAUGUAGCUAUAAGUUACUAGGAACCUCUAGUGUAUGCCACUUUCAAAAAAAUAUGCAGUGUAGUGUUGCUGUAGUUGACUAGGUUCAGUUUAGGUUCUCAUAAAAUACAUACACAUCCAGAUAGAAAAUAUAGGGAUGCUUGUCUGUGUAUAUCAACCGGUUUCACUUAUGUUUCAUUUUUAAAAAAUGCCUCUCCUAGCUUGAGAAAGUGCAGUAUAGUUAAGUAGCAGCGUGGACUAUGCAGGCUAUGUAUACUUUUCUUUUUCUUUACUGGGUUUCAAGUGACUGCGAUAUGUGUAGGUUUGCAUUCAGUGGCAAAUAAAUGUUUGUGCUCCACUGAAAUCUGGAGUGUAUUCUUAAAAAAAAAUCCAUGCAGUAUACUUAGCCUUAAUACUGUUUUAUGGCAAGUAUCAGCUGUUGGUCGCACACACUAUUGUAUUUGCGAGAUGGAUGUAAUGACUUGUCUAGUGAAAAAUAUGUUGUGGUUUCUCACUAGUUGAAUUUUGGAAGUUCUGAGAAUAAGGUGUUGUGCUUGAUGGCAUUUUUCUUCUGCCUCCCCAAGAUUGAGGGACAACUUCAGAUAUGUCCGUCUUUCACCAGCUACAUGAUCCUUUGUUUGCUAAGAUUUGUCCUAUAUUGUACUGUGUGAUAUUGACAAUGGAUAAUAUUAAAUCCAACUCCCCAAGUGGCUCUUGGCGUGUAGAAAGUAUCUGUAUUUGUUUUAUUCAGCUCACCUGAAUUGUCCUUUAGCUGGUAAUGUUAGGUAUCUGAGAGUGUCCAGCCACUUUCUGGAGUCUUGAGCAGGAAUUCAGACAUCAUUAAAGUUGCUUUGUUGAGUACUUAAAGAUGCACAAUUGAUGACUGGCUGUGAUAAGAAAUCAUUGACUUAAUGAAGAGCAAACCUCCCUUCAUCUCAAUAUGACAUUGGGUUUAUCCAUAAAGUUCCUUUGAGAGAAAAAAGUUUCUAAAUAGUUGCCUUUGUAUAGAGAUGCAAAGCCAGGUCACUGGAUGCCCAGAAGUAAACUUACAGGUAACACCAUUCUGUUGUGUAUAUUUCCUGAAACUCUAUUGCCAACAAAAUAUUUACAGGGUAUUGAAGCUAAAGAACAAUGAUUAUGUGGAACUGCAUAUCACUUGAAGACAUUACAGAAACUGGCAGUUUUUAACCCCUGAUAUGGCAAAUUUAUUAAGGAUGUUGCACAGGAAUCAAGUUUUUAUAUACUGAGUGAUAGGUAAAGAACUUGUAUCAUCUCUUAGGGAUAGUUGGCAGAGCAAGUUAAAAUUGUAACAUUAAUAAAUGCAAUUUCAAAAGUACCUGGCUCCUGGAGUUUAAUGUAAGAUGUGAUGCCGUGCAUCAUUUAAACUAAGCAUGGCAAAGGUGAUGCGAUCAUGAUAUGCAAUCAUGAUGAAUGUGGCAAUUUGGUCUUGUGUCCAUUACAAGGACCUAAGUCCUGUUGGCUUCUUUCUGAGUAGACGUGCAUAGAAUUUGGCUGUUCAUUUUUCUAAGGAUUGAUUGUCCUUGGUUUGGUUAGUGUAAUAUGUCUGGUCACUGUCUACCUCACCCUGCAUAUGCCAUUGUUAGCAAAGCCACAGACUAACAUAAAGUGACAAGUGAACCGAUUUCUUGCUUUUUGUGUGGCAGUGACAGUUCUAAGAUAGCCAGUUAUUCAUACUAGAGCAGUUCUUACAUGCUGAUCCAGUUUUGAUACUCUUUAGAAGCCCUAGAUUUAUCAGAGACAUUUUCACUUUGGGGGAAAAACACUUUUAUGGAAAUACUAAGCCACUGAAUUGUUUGUUUGUCACUGAAGUUUUCAUAGACACAAUUAUACCACCUCUAAAAUCCAUGAUAUGUUCUUUUUAUACUGCUGUAAUGUCUGUUAAGGCCCAAGUAUAAUCCUUAGUUUGAACUUCCAUACAUAUAUGUGGUAUAUGACCUUUAGCAUUGUCUGAGGUGUCUGAAUCUAAAAAUAUGCCUAACUACUUUGCCAAUAUGAUAGCAUACUUGCCAUAGUAAACUGCUUUACAGCUUGUGAUCCAAGUGUUUGUAGUAAGACAAGGGAGCAUAACUUCCUCCAGAGAGCAAAUCAGUGAUGCAAAUAAAUUUUGGAACUGUUAAUUUCAUUACUGAUAAAAAUUUCUAGUGACAGAAGGCAUCUACUUUGUUUUAGUAGUUGCUCAUUGAAUUUCAGAACGAAAAGAUAUCUGCCUCUGAAAUCAAAAUUGUCUUUCUGGAAUCUGUUCAGGAUUUGCCUUCAGAUUACUUACCUGUUCUGUGAAUGGCUGUGGAGGCUGAAAUGUAUUCGGCAGUAGCACACAUGUCUCUUAACUUGUCAUACAACUCUUUAGCUGUAUCACUAAACUGAGGCUGUUAAAAAGUCCAGGCUACAUUAUCCUAUUCAAAGCAGUAGCAAUAGUUAAACCAUGGACCUCAGUGAGCAAUUGAAAGCCAGCUUCAGACAAAGGGAUGUGAGAUAAGAUGAGCCUGGCCUAAAUAUUUCAUAGUGUCAAUAUCGUAACAAGUAAUCCAUGUUGAAGUAGAUAGCUUGUUUGUUGAAUAGCCUUUUUAUUCCAAACAUAGAUGGGCUAUUUUAAUGCACCUCUGAUACUAUCAAUGAAGACAGCCUGUGGAGUGGAUGUUCGUUCUUGGCAAGCAUUAGAAGUGCUUAAGAACCUUUACAUACUUUCACAGGUUUUUGUGCGAAUGCAACAAUGAUGUGACGGCAGUCUGCAAGUCCUUUACAGGUGUGGUUGCAGUGGCAGUGCCUAUAUGCAGCAGGGAAUCAAUCAGUUCUCACCACACUGCUGACGGACUUGCUCCAUAGCUGCAUUUUGGGGAUGACAUUUGGUUAGGGGUCUAGAUGUAUACAGCCCAGCCUGCACCGGCCCACUCAGCACAUUAUUACUUCUCGGGCUUAGAGGCAUUGGUCUUUACAUGCAGAAAUGCCUAUUCAGAUUUAACUGCAUGUUAGGUUGGCUGCAGUUGGGCAGCUUCAGUCCUGAGUCUAUAACCGCCACACAGGCUCAAUAGUCAAAACUGUGUCUGCAUAGACAAUGUCAUUUGUAUUCCUUUUAUAUAUACUUCAGUGGGGCCUGUAUACAGAAAUGUUUGGUGCAGUGGCCUUAGAUUGCUGUUAUGAUCCCUGAUAUCCAUAUUAUAGUUGUAAGUUUGGAGUGAAGAAAGAUGGAAAGUUAUUUAGAAGAGGGAAAGUAAUUUUGCAUUUUUGUUGAUAUAUAGUGCCUAAGCCUAGCUUACUAAAGAGAUGGCAGAUUUGACGGCUCUCAGAAACUCCUCUAUUUUGACAAGGCAGGAUGAAUUCAAGUGCAAAAGCAUACACCAUCUAAAUAAGGCUUAUUGUUUUGUAUACAGUUCAUUUACUAAAUAAGUCAGCACAACUAAAGUUACUAGCGAAAAUUAAAUGAAACAUCUAAAAGGGGAAAAUUAGGAAGUUCAAAUUUGAUGAAAAAUUACAUCCAGAAAGAAAUGUGGCAAUGUAUGGACUUACUCCCCUCCAUAAGCUGAUGGCAUUAAAAUGUAAUAAUGCAACUGUAGCUGCAUUGCAAUUAACAUAUUGUCUGAAGCAAGAUAAGAGAUGAGGGGAAGUACAGAAAAUAAUUGUUCACUUAUAGGGUGAAGAUACAUGUUCGGUGUGACAAAUAGAAAGAAGGUUCCUUUGCCCAGUUGUUUACAUUUAGCUCAAUUAAGAAGCUGUUAUACACACUUAAAAGAAUGAAGUGGUGGGAGUUUUGGACUAGACUCCUUUCAAGCAGCUGGUAUAGUUGGAUCUUAUCCGAAAUGCUCCUCAACAGAUCUCCUGCAUGUAGAGAACUCAGUAAUGGAGAAGGAAGCACCAAGCUUGAUCCUGAUGCACUUGUUAAAUGAGUGGUCUUUUAUAGGAUUAUACUCCCAAAGGCAAAGUUUUGUCCUUUUUUGUCUAGCACAUCAUUCUGUCAGAUAUGCAGAAUAGCUCUAAAUUGGGGGCGAGGGGGAAUCCUUCAGGAUAAUAUCAAAGCAAAUAUUAAUCUAUAUCACCUUUACAUGGGGAUGUUUCUCAAAUACAGAAUCAAGUUAACUGAUUAAAUCUGUGAAGUACUUUUAACAACUACAAAAUGCUUUUUGUUCCAUCAAAAAAUAAACACAGCAAACUUUGCUGGUAUAAUUACUCAGCUAUUGGAAUCUUACAAUUUUUAAAACUAGUACAAGAGCAGGUUCAUCUUUAUAGAAGAAAUUGGAAACAACUGGAAGGAUGAAAGCAUAGUCUGCUCCAAAUGAUGUUUUGGGAAAGAAUUGAAAGUCUUGCUGUGCCUCAGUAUUCUAGGUUUGAAAAAAGACUUCCCUACCUCACAGGGGUGUUGUGAGGCUGACUUUAUUGUUUGUAAAAUGCUUUUGAGUUUUUGUUCCUGACGGAAGGUGCUAUAGAAGUACAAAACAUAAGUAACCAGCUGACAUCUGAUGUCUGGUUCUGUCACAAUAAGAAAAUGUUCAACUUAGUUUUCAUUACAGUAUUUUGCUACUACUAUAGAAAGCGUCUUUAUGAAACAUUAUUUAAAUGUAUGGAUCAUGUAACAAUGGACUUUACAAGAAGGCAUGGUUGAGUUUUCAAUCUUAAUGCAUCCCUUUCUGGUUUUAUGUGAUUAACUGUGCAGAUCUAAUCGUAUUAACAAGGUUUUGGGGUUUUGCAUGGAAAAUUAAGAUCAGCUAUCAUUUUUGUAAACUCCCUGGAUGAAAUAAAGUUAUGUUCACACUG